AUGCCUGUUGCUACUUUACCGAACAUCCUUAUUACAGGCACACCAGGAACAGGAAAAUCCACCAUUUCUAAGGAAGUAGCUGAACGUACUUCAUUAAAUUAUGUCAGUGUUAAUGAUGUUGCCAAGGAAGGCGAAUUAUACGAUGGAUAUGAUGCAGAUAAUCAGUGUCAUAUUUUGGACGAGGAUAGAGUUGUAGAUGAGUUAGAAGACUCAAUGUCCUCAGGUGGUCAGAUUGUUGAUUAUCAUUCUUGUGACUUUUUCCCCGAACGCUGGUUCGAUGCCGUAUUCGUGUUGAGAACGGAUAAUGAAAUCCUCUACCCUCGUCUUACUUCACGUGGCUAUUCAAAGGAUAAAGUGGCAGAUCUCAUUCAUUGUGAAAUCGUUCAGGUGGUUUUAGACGAGGCACGUGAAUCGUAUAAUACAGGGAUUGUCUAUGAAUUAGUCAAUAAUACUCCUGAGGAUUUAGAACGAAAUAUAACACAAAUUUGUCAAUGGAUUCAACAAUGGUCUAGAAGAUCGGCUUGAGGCGUCCUGUCUAUAGUUUUUCUUUUGUUUGUACAUUUUUUUUUUGCUUCUUCAAGGAAUCUACACAGACAGGCUCUUAUUUGAGUUCGUGUUUAUACAUGCAUCUACACCAGACAUCGUUUUCUCAUAUAUUUUUUGUUCUCAUUUGAAAUAAAAAAAAUGGUUUGUAAUUAA